AUAAAAUCAUCCAUCCAUGCAGUGCGAAAGCCAACGGCUUUCCUCGUCACACCGCCAGCGCCUACGUAGCCCGUAGUGACGAGCGCCGAGCGGCAAAUCGAGCAUCAGCAACGCGCGCACUGUGAGUAUCAAUACAUGUACAUACGUGGGUGCCGAGACAUCGCAGGUUUUCCGAAGAGCUCGUGCACUUUAACUACAGUGCAGAGAUGGGACGAACCGUCUACGCGGAGGAGCGUCUGCUCGACUAUCUGAAGACGCUCGGUGGACCCGACGUCUACAGCGUGGGACUUAUUCUCGGCCAGAGCACAGCUCAAAAGGAUUUUGUGGUUCAUUUGGCAAGGACACUACCUGCUUCCAACACAGAUGUUGUUGAAGAGGCUCUCAUCAAUCCAGCGACAAAUGCUCUGCAAGACACCACUGACAACUACAUCAAGUCUAUUAAAGAUAUAGAUGGGAACCUGGUGGCUGAUCAUGCCAAACAUGUGUCCAGAAUGUUGCCAGGUGGAAUGUGGGUCUUAGGAAUAUUCGUUGUGGGUCCAGGGGACUGCCUAAGCGAUUCCAGUUGUGCACAGAAGCUCAGAUCAGUUCUGUCUACUAUUCAUAAAAAUCUAGCGUCAAAUAUUUAUUUGCAUGGCAAUAGUAAUCAUGAAAAUUUGGUACUGAGUUUUAACAGUAUCACAAAACAAUAUACUUGUAAGUCAGUGGAAAUUAGUACGGGAGGCAUAUUUAAGCCAGCUGAUUGGAAAUUUCAGAAAAAAAUUACAAAAUGGCAUCAGCUUGAAGCUCUGUUUGAUCUAGAUCAUCUUUUUCCAAUUUUGGAUGAAGCAGCACCACACACCUUGAAGAGACAAUUGCAGGAUAUCGUGAAAAAGUUGUCUGAAAUCAUAAAUUCAGCUCUUAUAGUCAUCGAAGGUGAAUCUAGAUCACCUGAAGAUUUAAUAGAAGUUAUUGGUAAAAAGAGGAAAAACAAAAAAGAUAAGAAUGAAGAUGAGGAAGUGGACAAAGUUUUGCAAGUUGGAAUUUAUUUGCCCUGUGGUUUAAAAGAUAAGCAGGAAGAUGUUAAAACAAUAUCUUGCAGAGCGUCAAUGAGAUUAGUAGGUGAACUAGUAAGCAGAACAUCUAUUCAUCAAAAGGCAACUAUUGAAGAAGCAACCAAUGCUGUAAAACAAGAUAUUCUUCGUUCAUUAGCCAGUAGAUUAGAAUUACAUUGGGAUAGUGUGAUAGAGGAAGAAAAUGGUUCUCCAGAAGAAAAUAUUACUUUACAUGAGCCGCCAAGACGAGUUUUCAUGGAGUUGCCACAAAGCAAAGUAACUUUAUCUGAUUAUCUGUUCCCUGGCGAAGGACCACAAGAAUCUUUAGUUUUACUUAAAGAACUGUUGGAUCUUGAUUUUCUAGAAAGUCAGGUUGAAAAAGAUGUCGAACGCCAAGUCGAUCCAUCAGAAUUUUAUUGUCAAAAUGAAGUGAAAACUGUUCCAGUGGACCUUGGCAAAGAAACAGUUACGAAUAGCCAGUUUGUCUUAUACAUUGCAGGUAUCAUUAUAGCAUUUAUUGUUGUAAUCAUUGGAAUUUUGGUGCAUCAGCUGUAUUCGAGCAAGCAGUAGCUUUAAAUAUUUAUGGUUUGCACAAUUCAAAUAAAUUUGUGUGUGUGUGUGUAUAUAUAUAUAUAUAUAUAUAUAUAUAUAUAUAUAUAUAUAUAUAUAUAUAUAUAUAUAUAUAUAUCCGUAAAAUUGUAAGAUACUUAACAGUUUUACAAAUAAUGACACGUAAUUUGUACUAAAAAAAACGAAAACAAUAGCUAUACGUAUUUAAUGUUAAUCCUACAUCACUGAUAUGCAACUAAACAAUAUGCAUCAUCUAAAUGAUAAAGAAGCAGAAUGAAACUGUACUAUAAUAGUAAGGUUAUUGUUAAAAUUUUUUAUGUUACGUUGAAUAUUUUUAUACUUGUCAAUGAAAUGAGGAUUGUACAAAUUUCCUAAAAAUAAAAAUUUUAGCAUUUACAUUUAAUUUGUAUCCUAUACAGUAAACAAUGAACAGUCUGAAACAAUGUAAAUAUGUGACGGUAAUGUAAGCAUUUUUAAUAAAAGUUGUAUGGUUAUAGAUACACAGAAA